AUGUCUCAAAGGAUGUUCCCUUCUCUCGAUCUCCCACUCAAUCAACUGAAAGCUGAAGUGAGAAAGAUGAAUGUUUCUGAGCUACUCAUCUUCUCGUGCCAAUCCCACGAACAUGCGGUUGCCGUCAGCACGAUUCCUGGUGUUGCAAUUGAAAAUCCGUUAUUUGACCUGGAUUUUGUACCAAAACGGGCUGUUUUGACCUGUAUACCAGACGAAGGAAGUUCGUGGGACAGAUGGGAAAUCCAGUUUGGGCAUUUGAAACCGGAGAGCAAGGUGAAGGCUCGGAACAUGAAUGGAAUCGAGAUUGUGAUCAUUAAGAGACCACGACGAAUUGUUAAAGUGCUCACCAGAGAACUUACAUCUGAAGCGCUUGCCAUGUUCAUUAGACACAUGAAAAACACGUUCGGAGGAGUUCGUUUCCGGAAAUUAGUAUUUGAACUGAAUACAUCAGAGUUCAAAUGUUUGGAACCAGUUCUGCCAACAAUCAAAGAAUGCAGAGACUAUUUCGUAUCGUUCCAAAGAAAACGUCUCUCUGAAAUCGAGAUCGACUGGGUGACUCGAUCGAUUCAUGCCACACACAAAUUCGAAGUGUGUCGAAAUGGAAAGGGAUCAACAUACACGAAAUGCUGUUUCCAGCACGUUCUGAAAAGGCGAAACUGUGAAGUGAUCAUUCUAAUCGAUUCACUGGCAACACUCUCGGAUCUAGAGACGUGCGUCAGACAAUGGUACUAUUCGGAUGCGCGCGAUCUUCGAAUGGUCAAAGUGUUGGCGUCGAAUACGACGGAAGAGAUGAAUUUGGAGGGGUUGAAGCCAAGGAAAUGGCAACGAUUCGAGCGGAGCCAACACUUCCUCUGUCCAAAAGAUUCUGUCACCGAGCGGGUUGUGGAUUGUCAACACGGAACUGAUAUCGAAAGACCGGACGGUUUAUUGGCAACAGUUGCCAUAAUUGGAAGUGCGUAUUUCUUUGUAGUUUGGCAUGAACGAUUCCAUACCAUUUCCGUCAGGGAUAGACAAUGA